CACUCGCCUGGAGCGCGCGGGUGAGGCGAGCGGAGCGCACCGCGGCUCUCGGGGGCGCAGAGCAGCGCGCUUGCACCGCUCGGCUCCGUGCGAUUCACGGCGGCGGCGGCGGCGGCGGCGUCUGGGGCGCAGGGCUGAGCCAGCGUCCGGGAAAGGCGAUUGCAGCUUCUGCGCGCGGCCCCGCUCCCUGCCACAGCCCCAGACCAGUCACCUCUUCGCCAUGGCUCUGGCAGACAGCACACGUGGAUUACCCAACGGGGGCGGCGGCGGGGGUGGCAGCGGCUCCUCGUCGUCCUCUGCGGAGCCGCCGCUCUUCCCCGAUAUCGUGGAGCUGAACGUGGGGGGCCAGGUGUAUGUGACCCGGCGCUGCACCGUGGUGUCGGUGCCCGAGUCGCUGCUCUGGCGCAUGUUCACGCAGCAGCAGCCGCAGGAGCUGGCCCGGGACAGCAAAGGCCGCUUCUUUCUGGACCGAGACGGCUUCCUCUUCCGCUACAUCCUGGAUUACCUGCGGGACUUGCAGCUAGUGCUGCCCGACUACUUCCCCGAGCGCAGCCGGCUGCAGCGCGAGGCCGAGUACUUCGAGCUGCCCGAGCUCGUGCGCCGCCUCGGGGCGCCUCAGCAGCCUGGCCCCGGGCCGCCGCCGCCGCACUCGCGGCGCGGGGUGCAGAAGGAGGGCUCGCUGGGCGACGAGCUGCUGCCGCUCAGCUACGCGGAGCCUGAGCAGCAGGAGGGCUCAUCGGCCGGGGCGCCGUCGCCCACUCUGGAGCUGGCUAGCCGCAGUCCGUCCGGGGGUGCGGCGGGCCCGCUGCUCACGCCGUCCCAGUCGUUGGACGGCAGCCGGCGCUCCGGCUACAUCACCAUCGGCUACCGCGGCUCCUACACUAUCGGGCGCGAUGCGCAGGCGGACGCCAAGUUCCGGAGAGUGGCACGCAUCACCGUGUGCGGCAAGACGUCGCUGGCCAAGGAGGUGUUCGGCGACACCUUGAACGAGAGCCGGGACCCGGACCGUCCUCCCGAGCGCUACACCUCGCGCUAUUACCUCAAGUUCAACUUCCUAGAGCAGGCCUUCGACAAGCUGUCCGAGUCGGGCUUCCACAUGGUGGCGUGCAGUUCCACGGGCACCUGCGCCUUCGCCAGCAGCACCGACCAGAGCGAGGACAAGAUCUGGACCAGCUACACGGAGUACGUCUUCUGCAGGGAGUGAGCUCCCCAGAUCCCCUCGCGAUUUCAGCGCGCCCAUCCCCCCUCCUUCCUGCCGAGGAGAGGAUUCUCGAUCUCCCCUCCUACCCCACGCCCUCCCGUUCCCCUGUCUCCCACCUUUAGUAGCUGGGCCAGACCGACUCACCCCGUACUUGAGAACCUGCAGCCGCAAAUCCUCUCGGCUUCUUCGUCUUUUUUGGACCCCGCUAACCGAGAGAGAGCCCAGGUGUACCCCCUCCAGUGCUUCCUCUGCCCCCUGACUCGAACCACCCCUUCCCUGGAUUGUCCUUCAUUCUGCAACUAGUGGGACAGUGUGGCCACAAAGGCACCGAGUACCUGGUGAUGAUCGAAU